GAAAAUGAAGAGAUGAAAAACUGAUGAUGAAAGGACAGUUACAUUUCUUUGACCGUAAAAGAAAAAGCUAUCACGCACUAACUGGUCUGACAGUCUCGAGAAAUGUGGUUACAUUUCUCAUUAUUACAUUCAUUCUCAUUUUCUUUUAUUGUUGGUAAUUUUUCAAAAUAUUUUGAAUUUUUCUUUAGGCAACCUUUUCCUUUAAAUUCCAUAAAAAGCACUGAGAAGUAAGAAGUUGAUUCAGUCUCACUCUAGCGUCAUCAAUGGCUUCAGUCACCAGCCUCUACCAAAUUGCGUCCCUUCUUCUUCUUCUCUCUCACGCUUCAGUUAUAACUUGGCGAUGUCGAUAAUGCCAGUGAAGGGUUCAGGUCAAUGUAGCUACGCCGGUUGUGUAAGCGAUCUAAACCAGAUGUGUCCGGUUGGGUUACAAGUCCGGUCACGUAACGGGAAACGGGUAGUAGCCUGUAAAAGCGCAUGCUCUGCCUUCAACUCACCACAGUACUGUUGCACCGGCUCCUUCGGUAACCCGCUCUCCUGCAAGCCAACGGCUUACUCCAAAAUCUUCAAGGUCGCUUGCCCUAAAGCUUACUCCUACGCUUACGACGACCCAACCAGCAUCGCCACUUGUUCCAAGGCGAACUACAUAGUCACCUUUUGCCCUCACCAUCGCCGUUAAAUUAUUACAAUCAAGAAAGAAGAGCAUUUCUCUAUUAGCAACAAAUCUUGUUAUGUAGUAGUAAUUCGGAAUCUUUAGUUUCUGUCUCUACAUUUGUAACACUCUUGAAAUGCAAGCAAUGCUAUAUUAAUAUCGUUGGAACCCCCCACUUAGUGCUGCGCCUUGUGAGUCUAUGACGAGCGUUCGUUUCAACUUUC